AUGUUUCGCGUCAGUCCCUUGAUUGCGAUUUUCGUCGCUGCAAUUUCCAUCCUCAUCAUCAUCUAUCCAAGCAACUACAUCGCUCACAUUCAACAACUUACAACAAACAUUUUCACAAACAAAACCACAACAAUUACUUCAACUACUCAGAGUCAAAUGAACGCCGCAAAGAACAUGUCAAAGUCUCUCCGUCACGCAAAGAUCACUCCUCAUCGCUCCAACAGCCGAGGUCACAGUGAUCAUGGCUGUCACUUUGGCUCCCUUCGCGUUCUCAAUGAGGACCGAGUAAAGGCCAACUCGGGUUUUCCUACUCACCCUCACCGGGACUUUGAGAUCUUCAGCUACAUCCUGUCAGGAGAGCUCACACACCGAGACUCGAUGCUCACCAAGGGCAAGGAGGGAGGGCAGUCUGACAAGUUCUACCGCAUGCACCGUGGAGAUGUCCAGUUCACCACUGGUGGAACUGGCAUUGCCCACUCGGAAUUCAACGAACACAAGUCAGACACUGUCCACUUUCUUCAGAUCUGGGCCAUCCCCUGGAAGCGUGGUCUUACCCCCCGAUACCACACCCGUCACUUCAGCGAUGAGUCCAAGAGACAAGACUUUGUCAAGAUCCUGAGCCCUCUCAAGGGCGGCGAGGAAGCUACAGUCCAACAGGAGAAGGACGCUGAGCCUGUCAUUCCUGAUACCAUCCCCAUCCAUGCCGACUUCGUCAUGGCCGCCGGUAUCAUCGAGCCAAGCAAGAAGUUUGAGUGGACCGUCGGUGGAGGCGCUACUGAGCAAACAAAGAGAAAGGUCUAUGUGCAUGUGCCCAUGACCAAGGGAGGAAGGGCCAAGAUCCGUCUGGACGGCCGGGAGGAUUCCGAGAUUCAAGAGGGUGAUGGUGCCUUCAUCGAUGGUGUCAAUGCCGGUGAUAAGCUUGCCGUUGAGAGCAUUGGUGAGGCCGAGGCCGAGGUUGUCGUUCUUGAUACUGCUUAA